GUUUCUUGCGGCCUAUGAGAAGGAACGAGUGGCCAAACCAAAUACGAUUUCUCUGGGGCAAAGCAAGACGGCGUCGGCCGUCUUCCAUGUCGCACACGUGCAUCGUCAGUAUCCACACGGUGAGAGCUGCUCGUCGACGGAGCAAAUUCCUCCGUCCCUGUCAAACCUGUGAGGAAGAAUACACAUGUUCGCAUGGAACAUGUUUCUUGAAUCCUGCUUCGUCCUUCCCAGCCAUCAUUGCUGCCAAUCGAAGAAAGCAAACGGGAACGGGACGACUGCGUCUGCAUGCGUGCAAAUACACACCUACGACGGAACCGCGCCGCCAAACGGUGCGCUUGGCGAAACCGCGCGGCGGCUCGCCCGCUGGUUCACCCCCAUCCCUUGGCCACCGUGUUGUAUAUAGCCCACGCGUCAUGAGCCCCUCGAGUUGAACUGGUGGGGAGGAAGGAAGAGAGAAGAGGAGGAACUCGAAAGAAGAUCUAUUUUUUCUUUGAUUCCUGUAAUUAAAACCUUUUCUUCGAUCGGCUCUCUUCUUAAUUACAAGAAGGAAGCGAGAAAAGAGAGUGAAGAAUUUCCAGCUGAGAUGGAGCUCAGCUGCGUCGCUUCUCCCCGUGGCCUCUACGUCUUCCCAUCCACCUGUGCUUCUUCCGGAUGUGGCUUCUGCCGCCGGGAUAGGAGGAAGGUUGCUGGAUGGUCUAGAAUCAAUGCGUCGACGGAGGGAAGCCCCGAGCCGAUCCACACCGCAGGCACCAACAAGCCACAGCGUAGGGAUUUCGCCGCAGGCGGUCCCGCGAUGGACGUGUCCGCGUCGCCGGUAUCUUCGGGUACCACGAGCACCACCGUUGUCGAGCGGAGCCUCGCUGGCGGCGGGGACUACGAUUUCUCAGUCUUGGAGAAGCUGGCCACCGUCGUCAGGCUUAGCUACGGGAUAGGCAUAUACGGAGCCAUGGCGCUGGCGACCAAGUUCGUAUGCGCCAUCUCGGGGACAGAUUGGACAGGCGCGUUCCAUCCGUCGCUGGAAGCGAUCGUGAGCGGCCUCUGUUAUGCUGCUCCACCAAUAGUGGCUCUGCUCUUCAUCCUAGAUGACGAGGUCGUGAAGCACUCACCUCAUGCUCGUGCUAUUAGAGAUGUAGAGGACGAGGAGCUCCGGAGCUUCUUCCAUGGCAUGUCACCAUGGCAGCUCAUGCUCAUUGUUACUGCGAGUUCAAUCGGGGAGGAGCUCUUUUAUCGGGUUGCUGUUCAGGGAACAAUGGCUGAUGUGUUCUUGAGGGGCACCGAGCUCAUGAAAGAUGCACAUGGAAUCACAUCUCUGACUGGUGUAAUGCCUCUGUUUGUCCCCUUUGCUCAAGCAUUUGCUGCUGCUAUCACGGCUGCUCUUACAGGGUCAUUGUAUUAUGUUGCUACAGCUGCCGGCGAUCCUACUUAUGUGGCUGCACCAGCGCUAAGUUCUCCCACUGGCCGUGAAGAUCUCAAGAAGCUUCUUGCGGCUUGGUGUGAAAGAAGGGAAAUGAAGAAGAUAUAUUCUCCACUUCUGGAAGCUUUGCUAGCUCUCUACCUUGGAUUCGAAUGGAUUCAGACUCGUAAUAUUCUAGCGCCUAUGAUCACACAUGGGAUGUAUUCUGCUGUUUUGCUGGGACAUGGGCUCUGCAGGAUUCAUGAUGGGGAAAGGCAAGUGAAGGUGGAGCCGAAGAACUCCGAUGAACCAAUCGUAGAGCAAACAAGAUGAUCAUGAGACAUGAGCCUAAAAUAUUUUUUGGUCAAAUUAACAAGAUGCUGGAACUCUGUCAUGUGGAUCAAAAAUCAUUGUAAUGACUAAUGAGAGGGGAUGUGUUAUUCUGCAGCUCUUGAAACCAUCACCAUAGCUGCAAGUCAUGAGAAUUGUGUACAGAAGGAUUCUUGAAAGUGUCUUUUUUUUCUCAUUACCAUGACAUAUCAUUCUGCUUCC